AAUACUGUCAGUGUGUGAAGCACAUGUAAGAUUUGUUAUGGUAAAGUUAGGCGAGCUGAAAGUCCURUUGUCAGGACAUUACAUCUUAAAUGCACUAUGUACAAUGCUCUACCCUAUACUUAGAAGUUUUCAACCUUUUUGUGGGUGGUUAUUUCCGUCCGAUUAUUGUGAAAUGGAUUGGAGAGACCUUGAGCUUCUCUCCUUUCUUGCUAUUGUGUUGGCUGUGAAAAAUCGAAAACUAAAACCAGCAUCAUGGCAGGAGUUUGUUUCCAUGAUUUUCACCUUCAGCAAGAUUGCAAAUUUUGUAUUAUUUUCCAGACAAGACAUAAGACUUGGUAUCUUGUUUUUGGUUGUUUGUUUGGUUCUGUUUAUUUUAUUUCCUGAACCUGCAUACAAAGGACCUGAUAAUAUCAGAUAUUUUAGAGGACAGGCUCUUGAUGAAGAACUACUUCACAAUCCAGAUGUCAUAUGGGUCAUUGAAUUCUAUGCGCCRUGGUCUCCAUCUUGUGUGCGUCUUGCUCCCAUUUUUGCAGAAAUAUCACUUAGCUAUAGCUGUGAAUAUUUAAAAUUUGGAAAGAUUGAUGUUGGUAAAUAUCCUGUCAUUGCUAAAAAGCAUAAAAUAGAUACGUCUGUUCUUUCAAAACAAGUUCCUUCACUUAUACUAUAUGAAGGAGGUAAAGAAGUCAAGAGAAGGCCCACUGUUGAUACUAAAUGCGUUGUUGCUCCAUAUUCAUUUACAGAGGAAAAGAUUAUGAAUGACUUUAAUAUCAAAGCACUUUAUGAAAAGGCCAAGGAAAAGGAGCGAUUGAAAAACAAAGAAAAGUSGAAACAAGAUAAGAAGCAAGAUUGAUGUUUUAUGAUAGUGUUAAUUAAAUGCUAACAAGUGUGGCUAGUUUAGUGAAAAUGUAGUUUCUGGAAUUCCUAUUUCUUUCUGAAAAGAAUGAAAUAAUUUCUGAACAGUUUUACUAUGGGAAAAUAACUCUAACUAGCUGCUAUGUUAGUAUGUACUUGAUUCUAUAAAUGUUUAAGCAGCUUUUAUAAUCCUGUUACAAAAUUGAUGUACAGUGGUGAAGUUUACUGUAAAUUCUUUGUUUUCAUGCCAUUUUUACUAUAAUUAAUAGUAAAUGGUAUUGUUUGUUUCACUGGUUUUUGAAAACUACUCAAAUGUUUGACUUGCUUAUAUAAAAAAAAAAAAAAAAUUCAAAUAUUUUGGAGCAAAAAAUGUCUGUGAUUGAAAUUCAGUUCAAAUUUGUUUAAAUUUUGCUCUUGCUCAAUGCCUAAUUAUAGAAAAAUGUAUUUUUAUUGUUGUUAUUUGAACAUAUU